GCUUAACGAAAUGCGCACUCAGUUCACACCAGUUCACACUUUUAACCACUCUGACCUGAACUCAGUUUGUAAAAGGCAAUCGAAGGGAAACAGUCGGCUGUGAGAGUGCUGGAUAUUGAUAGUUCGGUUUUAGUUUCAGUGGGUGAUUUUGCAGCAAAUAUAUUUGCCAUUUCAGGUAACCAGUGCAACCUUCUUUACUAUUUUCACAUCAUACUGCAGUGUAAAAGGAUCCAAAAUGCCUUGCCCCUUUUUAGCUCGACUAAGUCAAAAUUUUGUGAAAAAUUAUGCCCCCGUUUUACUGAAAACCUAUGGUAAUCAGUGUCCGGUAAUGUCCAGAUCUAUUAACCAUAUGACUGAAAACAGCGAAGUUAAAGAGGAUGCAAUCAGUCCAGGAUCAAAAUGUCCUUUUUUGAAUGAGGUUUCUGGUGCUAUUAAGGAGUUGAAACAAGAUGAUGUCAUUGAAGUCAAUCAAACUACUAAAGCUAGAACUAAUGAUUUAGCAGGUUUUGACUACGACGACUUCUUUCAUGAACAAAUAAUGAAGAAGAAGAAGGAGCAUUCUUAUAGAAUUUUUAAAAAGGUAAACCGCCUGGCAGGGCUUGGUCAAUUUCCAAAAGCCAUUGAAUAUACAUCAGGAGAAAAACCCAUAACCGUUUGGUGUUCAAAUGACUAUUUAGGCAUAUCUGCACAUCCCGCUGUAAAGAAUGAAGUUCGAAUUGCUUUGGAUAAGUAUGGAACCGGCGCAGGAGGCACCAGAAAUAUUUCGGGAAACUCUACUCUUCAUGAGCAGUUGGAACGUACAUUGGCAGAGCUUCAUGAGAAAGAAGCAGCGCUUCUGUUCACCUCUUGUUUCGUAGCAAACGAUACCACCCUAUUUACUUUAGCGAAAGCUCUGCCAGGGUGUCACAUAUUUUCGGAUGCGGGCAAUCACGCUUCAAUGAUUCAAGGGAUCAAGAAUAGCCAAGUUCCUAAACACAUUUUCCGGCAUAACAACCCGGAGCAUUUAGAAGAAUUGAUUCAAAAGGUGGACAACCAUUUACCAAAGAUAGUUGCAUUUGAAACAGUUCAUUCCAUGACGGGAGCUGUUUGUCCGCUUCAUGAAUUAUGUGACAUUGCUCAUAAGCAUGGUGCACUUACAUUUGUGGAUGAAGUACACGCAGUGGGUCUGUAUGGUAAACAUGGGGCUGGUAUUGGGGAAAGAGAUAAUGCUAUGCAUAAAAUGGAUGUUAUAUCUGGAACUCUUGGCAAAGCCUUUGGUAACAUAGGCGGCUACGUAGCUGGAAAUGCGAAUUUAAUUGAUAUGGUUAGAAGCUAUGGAUCUGGUUUUAUUUUUACCACUAGUCUACCUCCUACAGUAUUAGCAGGGGCUAAAAAGGCAAUUGAAGUGUUAGCUUCAGAAGAAGGGCAAUUGUUGCGUGAGAAACAUCAGUUUAAUGUAAAAUACCUGAGAGAAAUGCUGCGAAGGAAUGGAUUUCCCGUGGAACAUACCCCUAGUCAUAUUAUUCCUAUCAAAAUUGGAGACCCAAUGAGAUGUUCAGCAGUUAGUGAUACUUUAUUGGCAGAGAAAGGUCACUAUAUCCAAGCAAUCAACUACCCGACAGUGGCGCGAGGACAGGAAAAGUUACGGCUUGCUCCCACUCCCCACCAUAGCAAAGAAAUGAUGGAUUCCUUAAUAAUGGACUUGAAGGAAGUUUGGGAGAGAAUGGAAUUGCCCUUCACAGGCUUGCAAUGUGCAAAUGAAUGUGAGUUUUGUCAGAAACCGAUAUUGUUCGAUUACUACGAAUCCAGGGACAGAUGUAAAAUUCCAAACUGUCCUCAAAUGGUGGCAGUAGCAUAAUGAGUUAACUAACCAAAUUCAAGUAAUUAAAAGACAAACACGAAAAAUGGGUGGAGAUGUUGAAAUGUGGAAUUUUCUGGAAGUUUAAUGUUUGGAAAUUAUUUCUGUUUAAAAAUGAAUCAGGGGCAAAGAAAAUAUUUAUUUUUAUUGGGUUAGCGAAAAUUAUUUAUGUAUAUAUCUGUUAUAGUAAUUUAACUUAUGUGGAUGUAAACAUAAUCUGAAAAAUAUUAAAUAAAAUUGCAUUUAUUAAUAAAUUACAUAUUGUUGGAUGACGAAAA